GUUUCCAGAAGUAGUUGGAAUCGAUUGUACUUACAAAACGAAUAAGAUGGGAUGGCCUUUAUAUCAGUUUGUUGUGACUGAUGGAUUCGGAAGAGGAAGGACUGUUUUGUUUGCUCUUACUAGGAGAGAAACGUUUGCAGAUUUCAAGGAGAUAUUGCAAACGUUUAAGAGAUUUAUGGUGGAUACAUCGAAAACAUUAACAUUCACUGUCGACUGUGCAACUGCACAGAUGAACGCCCUAAAGGAGGAAUUCCCUAGUUGCAAUAUUGUUUUGUGUCUUUUCCAUGUAUGCCAGGCAUUCAGAAGGAAGGUAAGUUACAUUCCCAUUAACUGACAUAGGGAAAACAGUUCCCAAAUCAGCUUGUUAAAAAGUGGUUGUAUCGAAU